UAAAUGAUUCAGCCCAUGGGCCCUACAACACGCGGGAGAGGAUGGGAUGGCCGAUGGCACCAAGAGGAGGAAGAAGAAGCUUGGGGGGUGGAGAAGAUGAUGAUGAUUGGGUUUGGCAUUGGGGGCGUCGCAGGAGCCUUGCCCUUGGUCCUCCGCCGCACUCGCACCUGCACCCCUCCCCCGCCGAUGGCGAUGACCCCACUCCACCACACCUGCUCCUUCUUCUUCCGACCACAACCCUCUCCUAGUCUCUCCCACUCCCCAUGCGCCGCCGCCGCCGACGACGACUUCUUCACCGUCGACUACGACCCAGAGGAGGAGAAAGAAGAAGACGAGGAGGGUUCUCCGUGGGAGGGCGCGGUGGUGUACCGGCGGGACGCGUCGGUUCACCACCUCGAGUACGCCACCACACUGGAGCGCCUCGGCCUUGGCGACCUCUCCUCCACUCACUCUCGGGCGCGCGCCGCCACCAUGGGAAUCCUCAUCCUCUCCUCCACCAACCUUACCGGUACCAAGGACGAUGACACCCCGGUGCUCGUCUCCCUCGACGUUGCCAGGCGCCGCGGCCGCCUCCGCCUCGACGGCAUCGUCCGCACUGUCAUCACCCUCGGUUGCUAUGGGUGUGCUGAGCCAGCGCCUCAAGGUAUAUUUGCCAAUUUUUCCCUCUUACUGACCGAAGACAGAGUAGAGGAACCUGAUGUGGUUGAUCUCGGCACGAUAUUUGAAGAAGAACAAACCAAAGCUCCUUCGCUAACCGGAAGCCAAGAAGAUGGAGACGAUGAAGAUAUAGAUUGGGAUGACCGGCUGCAUUUCCCAGCUGGAGAAAAGGAGAUUGAUAUCUCAAAGCACAUCAGGGACAUCAUUCACUUGGAGAUCACGCUCGAUGCCCUGUGCAGUCCCACCUGCAAAGGUCUCUGCCUUGGCUGCGGCGAAAACCUCAACACCAGCAGCUGCAGCUGCAACGCAGAGAAACAGCAGGCCAAGAAUGUUCAGCGGCGAGGGCCUCUCAAAGACCUGUUGAAGCCACUGCAAAGGUGAUGUAAACACCGCACGGCAGAUUUUAUACGGUGAUAUGUAUGUAAUACUUUGUAGGAGUAUUCGAAGAUAAUAUGUUUAGAUGAUAAAUUUCUUCUCGUCCUCCUUUUUGAGCUCAUCUCCUACUCUACUUUUUAAGACGGAAAAAUAGACGCCAUGACUUGUCUGUUUGCUAUCUGAGGCAUCGAUUUGUAGGGUGACAGUUUUCUUGUGCAUAAAUAUACGCGAAUGAACUGUCUGCUGUGUUCGACCCA